UCAGAGAGAAGAGACAGAGAAUUAAAUUGGAGGAGCAGAAAGAGCAGAAGAAAGAGAUUAUAAUGGACAUGGCGGCGUUGCAGAGCGCGAGAAAGAGAAAGAAACCUCACUGAUUUCUCCUUCUCUCUUCUCCAUUCUUCAUCUUCCUCCUUUCUCUUAAAUACAACCACACCUCUGACAGUAUACAGCUAAACUCACAGAUUUCAACCGAACCCUAGGUUUUAAACAAUCAGAUUUCCUCCGCCGGAUCAACCGAAAAAGAGUGGACUUUGUUGUCGGGUUUCGUUCAUUUCACUCCUUUUCUCUCCGGAGACCAAACAGAUUCGUUCAAUUUCUGUCCGAAAAGAGAAGAUCUUUGGGGGGGUUAAAUGGUGAUCCUGGAGUUCGGAGGGGUUGACUAAAAGGAAGACCGUAUCGGAUGUGAUAUGGCGAAUGGUGGUGAGAGAGAAUGGCAGGGUUUUUCUCGUUAGGCGGCGGCGGAGGAGGAGGAGGAGGGGGAAGCAACCAAGACGAGCACAACCAAGGAACCAACACUAAUCCUCCCCCGGUGACAGAUGCUUGGCGUUGGUACCGAAACCCUAACUCGCCUACCGCUAACGCGGCAGACAUUACUUCUUCCUACAAAGGAACUCUCGAGCUAUGGCAGCAUCAGAACCAGCAGGAGAUCAUCUUCCACCAGCAACAGCACCAGCAAAGGUUGGAUCUUUACUCCUCCGCCGCGGGUUUAGGCGUUGGACCCAGCAGCCGCACCCAAUUUGAUAUCUCCGGCGAAACCUCCGCCGCGGCGGUCGCAAACAGAGCGGCGCUGAUGAUGCUACGGACUGGAGUCAGCGGAGGAGUGAGCUGCCAGGACUGUGGGAACCAGGCGAAGAAAGAUUGCGCUCACCUGAGGUGUCGGGCUUGCUGUAAGAGCCGAGGGUUCGAGUGCCAGACUCACGUGAAGAGCACGUGGGUCCCAGCCGCCAAACGCCGCGAGCGCCAGCAACAUCUCGCAGCUAUUCAGCACCAGCCGCAAACGCAGACGCAGACGCGGGGAGAGAGCGUUCCGAAACGGCAGAGGGAGAACCUUGCGUCGUCUUCGCUCGUCUGCACUCGUUUACCAGCUAACACUUCAGGGCUAGAGAUGGGUCAGUUCCCACCGGAGUUGAGUUCGCCGGCGGUGUUCAGGUGCGUGAGAGUGAGCUCAGUCGACGUGGAGGGAGAAGACCAGUUCGCUUACCAGACCGCCGUCAGCAUCGGCGGUCACGUCUUCAAAGGCAUCCUCUACGACCAGGGCCCUGAUUGCAGCGGCGGCGCCGCGGAAAGCUCCUCCUGCGGCGGCUCUCAGCCGCUGAAUCUCAUAACGGCGGUCUCUUCCUCCAGCCCCAACAUCGGCAAUAAGGGCGGGGGCGGUUCCUCCUCCUCCGGCUACAUCGAUCCUUCGUCUCUUCAUCCUACUCCGAUCAACACGUUCAUGGCCGGUACGCAAUUUUUUCCGAACCCGAGAUCCUGAAACGGACAUUUGAAGGAAAACACAAAACAUAACUUUAGAAUCUUACGACAGAAAUAGGGUUUAAGCUGAAAAUUUUAGAAGGAAAUAGGAUGCUGAGCACUGGGGUCUGAUUCGCGUCUCCUCGAUUUUCGAUGCAUUUGGGUUUUGAAUUAAUUCACAAAUAACACAUUUAUUAUUGUGAUGGUUAUAUUAUAUGUGUACGGCGAAGAAUCGGGAGGUUCAUCAUGUUUUAUAUUAUAUAAACACUGAACAUUUGCUGUAUCCUUUGUUUCAUUAUGUCGGGUUAUUGGUUUGUAUAACACGUAACCUCAGAAUCCGGAGCUAAAGUUC